AUGACUAUCGACGCGACUGAGUCUGUGGAUGACUUGAAGAAAGCCAUCAAGAAGGAGAAGAAGAAAAGUCUGAAAAUGGUCGAUGCGGACAAGCUGCAGCUGUUCCUCGCCAGACAGGGCGACAAUACAUGGCUCGAAACAAGCACAGAUGAUGGGGAGAAGCUUAAGAAAGGGGCAACGACUGCUUUAAUCAAAGCGCUGACACAUGAAGACUGUGAACUUGAGGGGAGUUUGGUCUUGAGGACAUUUUUGAGGAUUGAUCACGCUUGCGCUUGUUGGUAUGCAGCUGCUGUGUCAGAGUUGAGUUUCUCCUGGUGGCUUCAUAAAUUGGUUGGAAAUUUUGAAUUGAUUUUCCUGCGUCUCUCAGCUGCGACAAAUGCUUAA